UAAUUGAUGAUAAUUUAUUGGUUUCGCGUGUUACUGGUCGUUUGAUUCACCCAUCUAGCGGUAGAACUUACCAUAAAAUUUUCAACCCGCCAAAAGUUUCUGGUAAAGAUGACGUAACUGGCGAACCAUUAAUUCAACGUGAAGAUGACAAUGCUGAAACCUUAAAAAAACGUUUAGUGACUUAUCAUAAGCAAACUACACCCGUGGUAGAAUAUUAUAAACAAAAAAAUAUCUGGUCUGGUGUAGACGCAUCUCAAAAUCCUGAAGUAGUUUGGGCGAGUUUAUUAGCUAUCUUCAGCAAUUCUAAGCAAAAUUAG